AUGUCAUAUUGCUUUGGUAGUUCAUUAAAAGCUAAUUCUUUUUUUGUGUUCUGUUUCCUCGAAUCGAGUUUGGUUCUUGCAUAUUGUGUCGAGUGUCAUCACUUCGUCCGGUGGACUGCUGGAUUAGAUGUCGAGAGAUGUGUAGUUAGGGAGGAAUGGGGAGGUUUCAGAUUGCCGAGAUAAGUUUCAUAUUUGUAUACAUAUAGUCUACGAGGCGGUCGAUUUUGCUGGCUCUCUUUUCGGCUGUUUUUCAACGACUUCUGUAGCUAUUUCUCCUGUGGAGUCACUGAUUUUUACUUCUUUUACUUUUUCAAGACGCUUUAUCAGCACUCUAUUGUUUUUCCUUUCUUUUUUCGUUCGUUUAAUUGUUUGUUUGUUGUUAUUCCUUCUUUCGCGUCCCGUUAUCGACUCCUUUUCCGAAAAUCAACAGAUCAUAGUUACGAGCUAUAA